CACUCCCUCACUCCGGCAGUUUGCAAGUCGCUCGCUCGGCUGCCUUUUACGUGGAGCACCGCGACGUCAAGCAAGAAUCGAGAAGGUUUCCUUUCGGGACAACAUUGCGGAUCUUUCCCCGACAUUUACCCGACCCCCCCAGGCCGAGGGGAAACUUGACGCAGUUAAGCAGCAGGGGCAAAGGGGGACGGCCGAAGUGUUAGGGAAACUUCCCCCCGGGGCCGGCCCAUCGAUCGUGAGACUUGUUCGGAUGGAGCCACAGCGGCGCGCUUGACGUUCAAGUGGCAACAAGCUCGGAAGAAUUUACAGCCCAGCAAAUUUGUGCUUGAAUCCUUUAGUUUCUUGUUGUUAGCUUUGGAGGUUGCAGUUCAGUUCAAUCCAGGGGACCCCCACUCUGACUCUUUUUUUUUUUUUUUUUUUUUUUCACGUGGGAUUUGCGCAAGUUGCAUGUUCACCCUUUGUGCGUGGUUCUAACAGAGAAGCGCCCCCCUCCCGCCCCAACCCCCGCCCCUACCCCCGGGAGACGAGGUGCCAUGGCGCAGCUGUGUGCGGGGAUUUGCGUGCUCCUCUUAGCGCUGCACGUACAAGGGAACGAUGCAUCACAAAGCACAGGCCUUGGUGGAGGUGGUCGUGGCCAGAUGGUCCAGAUGGACUCGAGCAAGUCGGGCUUUGUGGGCUCCCAGGUGGAGCUGCGUUGCAUUUUCAUCAACAGCAACCCACCGGUGAAGAUCUCGCAGGUGACCUGGCAGAAGCUCCUCAACGGCACCAAGCAGAACGUGGCCAUCGCCAACCCGGCCCUGGGCGUUUCCGUGCUGCCGCCCUUCAAGGAACGCGUUAGCUUCAAGCAAGCUGCCGUGCGCCACCGCACGCCCUCGCUGGAGGACACCACCAUCGUCUUCUCCAACCUGCAGCUGAACGACGAGGCGGCGUACAUCUGCGAGUACACCACUUUCCCGGCGGGCAACCGCGAGAACAUGGUCAACCUCACCGUCUUUGCUCGUCCCAUGACUCGCAUGACCUUGACCACGCCCACCAUCGUGGCCCGCUCUCAGCCCCGCAAGAUGACGGUGGCCACGUGCGUGUCGGCCAACGGCAAGCCGCCCAGCGUGAUCAGGUGGGACACCCGGCUCAAGGGCAAGCCCACCUUCCAGGAGACGCGCAACCAGAACGGAACGGUGACGGUGCGCAGCAACUACGAGAUCGUGCCUGGCCGGGAGACGCACAAGCAGAAACUGACGUGCAUCGUCACGUACCGCAACGAGAGGUUCACCGACAGCGUGGUGCUCAAUGUGCAGUACGAACCCGAGGUGAAGAUCGAAGGUUUCGACGCCAACUGGUACCUGAACCGCCAGAACGUGCAGCUGACCUGCCGGGCAGACGCCAACCCCCCUGUCACCAUCUACCAGUGGAAACUCCUGAACGGUUCCCUGCCGAGCAAUGUCGAGAUCAAGAACAACAGCCUGUUCUUCAAGGGCCCCGUCACCUACGACCUGGCCGGCACGUACGUGUGCGACGCCACCAACGGCAUCGGCACGCGCACCGGGAUCGUGGACGUCAACAUCACAGAAUUCCCUAACAACCCACCCGGGGGCGGUGCGAUCCCACCGGAGCAGCACAGUGCAGGUGUGGCCAUCGGGGUGGCGGUAGGGGGCGUGGCCUUGUUGGGGGCCGCCGCCAUACUGCUCUUCGUGUUCCUGCGCCGCCGCCAACGCACCUUCAAGGGCGACUACAGCACCAAGAAGCACGUGUUCGGCAACGGGUACAGCAAGGCGGGCGGCGGGGGCGGUCUUCCCGCGCACCCCCCCAUGCCCAAGAACCUGCAGUACCCGGACGACUCGGACGACGAAAAGAAACCCACCCAGACGGGGGGAGAGCGCGACUUUGAUGGCGAGGCCGAGGACCUGAAGAGACCCUACUUCACCGUGGACGAGGGCGAGAGCCGCGACUACGACGAGCGGACUCUGGCCUUCCAGUACGACGCCGAACCCGAGAUAGCCGACGACAUGAUCUCCCAAACCGACGGCUCGGUCAUCUCCAAGAAGGAGUGGUACGUGUAGCGGGUUACAGGAAGCCAAACAGCCCUCCGGAGGCACCCCCCCCCAAACGCCUUCACCUCCAUCACCAACCCACACUGGUCAAACUACACCCCCUUUGGAGCCCACACGCUACUCCCCCUCUCCCCCAUCCCUCCCUCACUAACCCCCACUCCCUUUGCUGGCCCCCCCUGAGAUCAGUCGUAUUUGCUGUUUUUGUCUGGAGCCCCAUCGGGACCCAACGUUAGACCCGGUGCCACGAGCGGUUUAUUAGUGUGUCGGAACAUCAUGCUGUAAAUGUAUUAACGUGUAGGCCACUCGCCGGAUUUUGGCUGCAAAAUCAACAAGCAAACGUGCGGGGUGGGUCCUGCGGUGGGACAAAAGCCCCCACCCACCACUUCACCUCCGUCGCCACACCACAAACAUUUCAGCGAGGCAACUGGAUUCUUUUUGCUUGUUGGGGACUUUUCAUCUUUAAUCCAAAAGGUUUGUUUAUUUUCUCGAGUUUUAGGUGUGGAGUCCUGCAAUGUACACAUUUUCACAAAAAGUUGCAGGAUGAUCAUAAAAUGCAUUAUAACCUUUUACGGGUGAAUAUAAAUUGAUCCUCUCUAAACUUUUAAAUGUGUCUCCAACUGUUCAGUGUUAGUACUUUUUAAUAGACUUUACACCGAUUAAAUUGGUAUUGCCAAUCAUGAGCAUUUUACACGCAUAUGUCGAUUGGCUUUAUUGUCAUAAUUUGCCGAUCUGAUCAAUCAUGUCCAUUGAUGGUCUCCCCAAAAGUAAUUUACUCCGCGGUGCCAUCAUGCCCAGUAUAUUUAAAUCCAAAAGCGAUUUUUUUAGCAUUCACCUUUGACAUAGAACUGUAAAUAUCUUAUGGCCAAUAAAAUUGUUAAAGGGAAAAAAAACGCCGGCUGCAUGGAUGAGACGAGACGGCUGAGAGUCGGCACGUAAUGUGCGGAUCAGACUGCAAGUCAAAUUUGCUGUCUCAUGAUUGCACGACGUCAGACUACUGCAAUAAAACCUUGUACUCUGGUACCACAAUACCACCGCAUCCUAUUUUUCACGAUCAUUGGGCUCUAUUUUGUCAAGGCAAAUGCGAGCGUUUCCAAUUGUUGCCGUGGAUCACAAAGACUGUAUUUAAAAAGAAAAUGGAGAAAAAAAACUAGUUGGUGGUCACCGGUGCUCAGGACAGGAGAAGACUUCAUGUUUGGUUUAUGUACUUUUAAUACGAUAUGGUUCGCAACCCAUCAGCGAAACGUUAGGUAGCCUAGCAAGCUAGCGCUACCGCUCGUGGAUGUGUGUCGCCGUUAUGCUGCCGUUCUGUUGGACACGAGCUGACCAGAGCAUUAAUAAAUGAACAAAGAUCCGUUAUUUAUUGUAAAUAUAUAUAUUUACAACAAUUAAGUACACAAAUGCAGUAAAUAAACAGGCCAUUGAAAUAGACUUAUCUUAUCGCUGACUGGCUCCAAAAAUCCUGAUAGUGUUAAGUCUACUUUUUAACAACUGUUCUCUAAGAAGGAAUCAUCUCAGGUCAACAUUCACAGCGGGUUUUUGACCAUUUCUGCUUUCUGUGACUCUUCCAGUCGCCACUUUCUGCUCGAAUCCUCACAAUCGUGAGUGACUGUUGAUCAAUCGUUAGUUGUCAUCUGCGGUAAGUCUCAUGAUAUCAAAUGAAAGUGGCUGAAAGCCCCAGAAAAAGACAGAAGUGGACAUUUUGGGCAAUUAUUAUGGAUCAAACGGUUGUGAAUUUUGCUAUUCAACUCCUUGGAAGGGAAAGUUUUGCAAAACUUACUGAAAUACUAAACAGUUGGACAAGUGAAUCCAAAGUUUCAAGGAGGUGAAAUUAAGUUCACUGCAAAAGUUGAUAGUGCAUUUUUGGUUCAUCCUGAAAUUUCACCCUAAAGCAGAAUUUCCGGAAAUGUUUGUGAGUCGUGGAUAUGUCUCUGGUGGGUGUGCCCCCCAUGAGGGUGGUUGUUGUUGAAGAUUGGCACUCAACACUGAUAUUUUUAGAAUUGGAAAAGCCUUUAGGAUUAGUGGUGAACCGUCUUUAAAAACCCAGAUGAGUCCAGUCGCCUCCUUUCAACCUUUGCCCAUGACCCGGUUGACUGAGAUUCUACACGGACGCAUCGGAUCAUCACCAUGUAAAUGUCUUAAAGGUGGAGUUUUUUUUCCCCCCUGUCGGACAAACAAAAUCCAAUAUUGGCUACAUCGUUGCUUAUUUUUCUCGUUAUGCCCGUCAGCUGCCCACACUGACCAAACUGCACCUCCUUUCCUCACGAACCCCCCCACCCCUACCCUUGCUGGACACCCAUCAUCGCUAGCCGAGGAUCUCUUCUAUUUAUCAGCAGUCAUUGGGAUGCAAACUUUGGCCCUUUUGGGGAGGCGAGAGCUGACUGGUUCAUCAGUGUCUUGGAUCUCUUGGAUCCUCAUGUUGUAAAUGUCUUAUUGUGUAGACCACCCGCUGGUGGAGGGGAUUUUCGGGCACGUGUAAGGGGGGUAAAAAAAAGUCUGACACUGGAUCCAUUGCGGCUUUUUUUAAAUCUUUUUUUUUGGUAACAUAUGUCUUAGGUGGUGUGUAAUGCCGCGAUUAAAAAAAACAAACGAAAAAAACAGCUAUUGUUUUGUUUUUUAGGGGGAGGGGAGAUUUUAACCCAGAAUGAAGCCCCAAGUAUCAAUCCCACCCCCAUGUCCAACAUGUCCUGACAUUUAAAAGAGACCGAGCGCUUAAGGGGGUGGGGGAAAUGUCACCGACAACACUCGAGCGCUCGCCGCUAUCGAGGUCUCGCACCAAGCGUCUGUUUAUCGUACACGGACGGUAGCGGAACCUCCGACCAAUCAAAGGGAACACGAUGGCGGCCAUUUCGCAGAAGGUUCAGGUCGCCUGCUGCUUUCAUGUUUGUUGAGAUUUUUAUUUACCCCCCCUCCCCCAAAGAGAAAUUAAUUAAUGAAUGUUAUUUUUUUUCUUCAGAGAUUAAAAAAAAAUCACUGUUAAUAAUUGCUUUGAAAAAUAUAUAAAGUGAAUUACGCCUCAUGUUACAGUGGGGAAGAAAAUAAUUUAAUACCCUGCUGGAAUUGUAAGUUUGCUCACUUAGACUUUUCAAAAUUAUGUAAUUGUUUAUUGAUUAUAGUAAUAGACCGUUACCAUGCAUCCAUUCAUAUUUUAUAUUGCCUGUCUGCAUUUGGAGUUGCAACCUGUCCCAGCUGGCUUUGGACUGCGAGGCUGAUGUGCUAGCCGCUAGGGCACCAUGUUGCCCAACAGUGAAAAUGCAAACAGUCGAAAAUAUAAAUUUGAUGCCUUAGCAAAACUCAAGUUGGCACUUAGUGCAGAAACCCGUUUCUUGGCGUCACCAGGUUUUGCAUGCUGCUCCAAAAGGCUGUCGGCCCAGUCGGUCUUUGGACUUGGAAACUCAACUUUCAGCUUAUUCACUUUUCUACUGAGCUGAACUCUUGAGGAUGAUUAGGCCACUGCAUGACCUUAAUAUUCAUUCUCGAGCCACGCUUUUGCAGUCCUGGCGAUAUCUUUUGGGUCAAGAGCCAUCAUCCUUGACCCAUCUUCACAACGUUUUCCUCCAAGAUAUGACAGCGCAUGGCUCUGUUCCCUGCCCCCUUGCAUUUCAUGCGGUGAACUUGCAUAGCACCUCGAAAAACAUUGUUUCCAACUCCAAACACGGCGCUCCGAGUUGAGGGCAAAAAAACCCAAGCCUUCUUUGAGUCCUUCAGAUGUUCACUGGCAAGCUCAUUGACAAGUCCGGCCGUGUACUUCCUGGCUGCGGUUUUACUUUUGUCAUGGUCGCCCUCACGCCGCCAGGCAAGAUCCUCCACAAAGCUCCAGACUAAGGAUGGUCAGAUGGUCAAUUCUUUCUACCUGCAUUUUGCUGAUGGUUUUGUGACCCAGGUCUACAAUCCUAUCCCUGACAUCUUUUUACAGUCUUGAAAUGGAUUCCCAGGACGGGUCCCUUCAUACACACGACCAGUUGAGAUCGGGAGUGUUCGAAAACUGGCUAAUGGGCACCAGCCAAUCCGGUUGCAUUGUAGGGAAUCAAAUAUUCAUUCUCACCCAAUAAAAAGCACUUUUUAAAAAUAGCUUUUAUACCUGGUGUUUUUAUGCAUUUUUUGGUACGAUGUCUAUUGCCAAAAAUUAGAGACUAAAGAGUCUUGCAAAUCCAGCAGGUGAUCAAGUCAUUAUUUUCUCCUCUGUAUGCAUUUUUUUGUGUUUGUGCGAGUGUGCGUGUGUCUGUGCUCAUUUGCAAUCGAGAGUUGAUUGCCGCAAAAGCAACUCAAAUGCGUUUGAGUAUGACACUGAUAUAAAUAUAAUAAAUAGGGGGGGGUGUAGCUAGGUGGUGAAUGUUUUAGUGUUUUUCUUUUUUUUUGAAUGAUAAGCAUGUCAAUGUUUUCAAAAGGUAACAAAGCAGAGGGUUUGUGUUUUGCUUUGGUGUCAUUUUUAUUUUUUUAAAGACUUUUUCCGAGUUAAACAACCGCCAACUUCUUUCCCUCCGAUGACUGUUUUUGCUUUGUUCACGUAAGAAAGCACAUUUGUUUUUUUUUUUUUUUUUUUACAUGUUAUUGUCUUACCAUCCCGUGCAUUCAGUGCCUAUCAGAGCCGUGAAGUUAACGUCAUUUUUUUAAGUUCUAAAAAAAAAAAAAAGUAUUGAUCUCCAUGUAAGCACAACAACCAUGUGAAAGAGAUUACAAACUAUUGAAACAUUUUCCAAGCACAAAGUAAAACGUCCCGCCACGGACGCUGGUUGACAUCUUGUUUUUUUUUUUUAAAUUUUACAUUGUCUUACCGUUUUGUAACAUCAAUGAUGACUGUAACUUCAUUCCAUCCUACUUUUUGUAUUCAUCGCGCUGUAAAUAGUGUACAUAAAGAUGAGAGUGUAGGUCCACCGGGUGUGCGUGCGUGUGCGUGUUAGGGUGGAAAACAAAAUGGGACUGCAGCCCGCGAGACUUCAAAUCAAGCCUCGACCCCCGCAGGCCCCUCAUACUCGUGUUUCUCGGUUUACCACUAGGGGGCGCCAGUCGACGCGAUCGCUUUUAAUGUCCGUGUUUCGUUCUGAGGUGUCGUGGUGGUUGGGGGCGGCGACAAAUUGUCUGUCUGCAGCCACGUGAAUGUAUAUUUCUGAGGGUGUUACAAAUACGGAGAGAAAAAAAAAAUCACUUGUUCAAUUUUGUGAUGACCCAGUGACGUAACUUGUAUUUGUUUUAAGCAUUAAAUGAGUUCAAUUGUCAAACUGGCGUGCGUGCGCACGUGUGCAUGUGUGUCGCAGUGUGGCGUGACAUUUAUAGUUAAAAAAAAAAAAAAACAUCACAAUAAGAAAAAAUGUAUUUUAACUAACCUUAAACUAGAGCCCAUUUAAUGGCAUUUAAAAUAAUAAGAUCCUUGAAUGCAUGCAAUGAAAGAAGAAGGAAUACCAUAAUUCCCGGCCGACAGAGCGCACCUGCUUAUAAGCCUCACCCUGUACAUUUGGAAAGGAAAUACCAUUGGGUACAUAAAUAGGCCGCACCUGUGUAAAACCCGCAAGUGCCCACAUUGAAACCCACAUCGAAACACGAGAUAUUUCCAAAGAAAGACGGUAAAAAGAAAGUUUUAAUACCUUAGCUUAUCUUAACAUAGCAUAACAUAACAAGACGGUAGCACCAACAGAGCUGUUGGGAAAAAAAACAUACCGGUAAAAAAAUAAAACAGCUGUGGCAAAAAAAAAAAAAAAAAAAAAAAAAAAAAAAACAUACCUAAAUCACUGAGACAUUGCUGUAACACGCUAGCGCAGCACUAACAGAGCCAGUUUAAAAAAAAUAACAUACCGGUAAAAAUCACUGAGACACAGCAGUAACAGAGCAGCAAGACGCUAGCGCGGUGCUAACAGGAAUGGUUAAAAAAAAUAUACUGGUAAAAAUCACAGCAGCAACAUGCUAGCACAGCGCUAACUCUAGCGAGUGCUAACAGGGCCGGUUAAAAAAAAAAAAGGUAAAAGUCACUUCCUCGCCACAUUGAUUCCACUGUCUCAGUCUUACCUUUUCCGCUCGAGUGCCCCCUUGCGGCCGUUAGAAAAAAUUCACAAAUUAGCCGCAUCACCGCAUAAGCCGCAGCGUGUGAAAAAAGUUG